AUGAGUGCAAAUCCUGAGAUAAAUCUAUCCCGGCCUACACCAGACUACGCCGAUGAGAAAGUUCAAUAUGACGAUUACAANAAAUCCCCAGACGGAUCCACGAAUCUGUCGCCGGCACAUACCCAAUCCGGCUCGGACGACAUCAUCUACCAUUACCUAGAUUUCGAUACGCCAAUCCCUCGUCCUUCCUACCUUUCAGCUCCCUACGAACUCCGUACCACACCGCCAGAAGAGCCGGAUCUCAAGAAAUAUGAAUCACCAUUCAAGUGGUCCAAGAGCAGGAAGCGGGCGAUAACUUGGCUUUCGUGCCUCGCGACAACGGUCACAGCAUAUGCUGCUGGCAGCUACACUGCUGGUGAUGCACAAAUGGAGCAAGAGUGGGGUGUGUCCCGCGUCGCCAUUACAGUGGGAGUGACCAUCUUCACAACUGGUUUCGCCAUCGCACCUAUGAUUCUGGCCCCAUUUUCCGAGAUUAAUGGACGUCGGCCCAUGUUCGUGGUCACUGGCAUUCUAUAUGUCAUCUUCCAGGUCUGCUGCGCCGUUACCCGGUCGUACGGUGGCAUGCUCAUUUCGCGCUUCCUCAAAGGUUGUGCGUCCAGUACGUUCAGCACGAUGGUCGGUGGUGUGAUCAGUGAUAUCUACCAUGCCGAGGAUCGAAACACUGCCAUGGCUCUUUUCUCUGGCGCCGCCCUCUUUGGUACAGGACUUGGACCUCUGGUGUCAUCUUUCAUAGCCUACUACACAACAUGGAGAUGGAUCUUUUAUUUGCAGAUCAUUACUUGCGGAACGGUCCAGAUCUUGGUAAUUUUGUUCUUCAAAGAGUCACGAGGCUCGGUGCUGUUGUCGAAGAAGGCCAAAUGCCUCAACAAGUACUACGACAAACUCGAGGCCGCGGGUUUCACAGGCGUUGAUAUGCCCAGCGAUUCAAUCUCGGGCAAGACCUCAACGCAGAGAAUACGCUGGAAAGUUAAAAGCGACGAGGAGCGCGCCAGUCUAUUGCAGAUGAUCAAGAUUUCGCUUGUGCGACCGUUCCAUCUACUGUUCACAGAACCCGUCGUCUUCUUCUUCAGUCUGUGGGUUGCGUUUUCGUGGGCCAUUCUCUAUCUAACAUUUGGUGUACGUAUUUGA